AUGAUAGUUGAAAAUAACAAUUACGAGAUUAAUGAGUCAUAUAAUGUUAUAUAUGAAGAAGUAAAAUUAGAAGAUUUUGAGUUUGAUGAAACAAGUAAAACUUUUUUUUACCCAUGCCCAUGUGGUGAUAUUUUUGAAGUAACCUUAGAAAAUGUUUUGAAAGGAGAAAAUAUUUUAAGAUGUCCAAGUUGUUCAUUAAGAAUUAAAAUAAUAUACAAAUCGAAAGAUUUGUUAAAAUAUGUAUAA